AUGGAUGAGAAAACACGCGUGCCUUUAGGUAUUAUAGCAGCAAAUGCUCAAGCACCAAUAUUAUUGCACCUUGAUUAUCGUGUAAAAUUACCGGAUCAUGAUUUCGUGGUCGCGGAAAAACAUAAAUUUAUUCCUUCUGUUUAUGCUGGUAUUGUAAUAAAGAAAGAUGGUGAAGGGAAACCUGAAGCUGUGACACACUCUGGGCCUACAUACCUAGCAAUUCGUAGUGGAAAACAUUCUUCCUCUAAUGCAGAGACUCAUGCCACAGACAUACGUAGACUUUCUGAAACACCUGAUUUCAAAAACUUUAUGAGAACUCGAGAAGGUUUUGUAAAACCCGUAUUUAUUUUUACUUGCAAUGGUGGUCCCGACGAAAAUCCACGAUACGAGCGAGUUAUAGUUUCAGCUAUACAACAUUUUAAUAUGAUUGACUUGGAUGGUAUUUACAUUGCCACAAAUGCUCCAGGAAGAAAUGCUUUCAACAGAGUGAAACAACAAAUGGCACCUCUAAGUCGCGAACUUACUGGUGUUCUAUUAAACAUGACAAUUUUGGUUUACAUCUUGAUUCCAGUAAUCGAACUACUGACUUGGAACGAAACUUUGAGAGUGCAGGCAUUGUGCUGUGUCAUAUUUGGAGCCAACUGCUCAUUGAUGAUUUUCCUAACUAGAACCAUUAAUCCUACUGUAUCCGAAAAUUAUAUCAAACAAAAGUGGAAAGAAUUGACCAUUAAAUUAAACUCUAAAUCAAAGGGUCCACAAUUAACUACUGAUAAAUGGAUUCAAAGAUUCUCUGAUUGGAAAUAUGGUACUAGAUUCAAAUAUCGAAAAUAUCUGGUAAAGAAAAAUAAAACGGGAGAAGGACCAGAAGUGAAAAAUGCAUUGACUAAUCUUGAGAAACGAGCAAUUAAUGCUUGGGGAAAAGUUGUUGUUGAAGGUAGUUCUCUUGUGCCAGAAUUGUAUGGUGACAUAAUUCAAAAAACUCCAACAAAGGCACACUCAUUUCAUGAAAAUAUAUUGGAAGACUUCAACUUUAAAAAUAUAGAAAUUGUGUUAUAA